CGUGUAUGUGUUGAGAGUGAGAGAGAGAGCAAGUGAGCGUAAGCGAGAGCGCGCCAAAGCAGAGGCAACAAUAAGCAGCGACCGUUAAGCGAAACAGCGCCCAAAGCCAAUUGCGCAUAGAACAAGCACAGAAGCACAUUCGUUAAGCGCAGAGAAGUCGAAAUAAAAACUCACGAAACUAUACAAAAAAAAAACCAAAACAGAAAUUUAAAAAUUUAAAAAUAUAAACAAAAUACAAUCGAAACACUAGAGAAAAACGGCAAACAAUCAAAAACGGCUGAAAAAGUUUUAAGUGUGACGACGACGUUGCCGUUGUGAAAAUGGUAAACAAAGCCCAAGGAAAACAGGCGAAGGCAGACAAGGACAAACAAGCUACGCAGCAACAGGAGAAGUCGCAGCAACAGCAGCCACAGGUGCUACAAGGCAACAAAAACAAUAUUAACAUCAACAACAACAACAGCAAUGGCAGCAGCAACAACAACAACAACAAUAAUCAAAUGAAAACAAACGAGAAGACCAAAAAUGGAAACAACAAAUGUAACAACAACAAUGCAGCGCGUGCCAAGUCUGGCGGCAACAAAUCACAACAGCAGCAACAACAGCAGCAGCGCAGCAGCAAAAAGGCGCGUCCGCAGCGGCAGCAGCUCUUCUUUCAGCCGCUGACGCGCAGCAGCAACAGCCAGCAGCAGCUGCUGCUGCAGCGCUCAACAUGCACACAAGACGCCGCCAGCAACAGCAGCAGCAGCAGCAGCAGAAAUAAAAACAGCAGUGCGACAACAGCAGCAAUAACAGGACCAAUAACAGGAGCAAUAACAGCAGCAACAACAGCAACAUUAACAGCAGCCGCUGUCGGCAAAGUAAGCCCCGCCGAUAUGUUAACAGCCGCUUUGGCCGUGCCCUGCGCCAAAUGCUCAAAGCCCGCCAUGCUGCCCCCCGGCCUGCUGCCCUCGUCCGGCUCCACCAGCAGCGCCAGCUCGGAGGCCAGCAGCAGCAGUUACAGCAGCAUUAGCAGCGGCAGCAGCAGCAGCAGCAGCAACAGCAGCAGAAGCAGCGAUCAGCAGCUGCAGCAGCAGCACUCGCAGCAGCAACUGGAGGCAGCCAUCAUUUAUCCGGGCAAACAAUACCGUAAAUCCAAAUCCUAUAUGGGCGUCUCACAAUAUGCAACCAAAGCAAAUGCUGGCAACAGCAACAACAACAACAACAACAACAGCAACAACAACAGCGGCAACAUACCGUAUAGACGCUCGCAGAGCGAUCGCCGCAAUUCAUUCGAUCGCACCUUUGCGGAGCGUAAUCGCGACUUUGUGCCCAUCGUACAGCCAUUGCGUCCCGUUCUCUCCUCAUCGAACAUUGCGGGCGUCAUAGCCAGCGCCAGCGCCAGCAAGCUGACCAUCAUCGAGCGUUUCGGCAAAGGACGCGUCGCCUAUCCCAUUAUGCAGUGCGGGACACUAGACGGAGCCGCCGAACCGUUAUUUCAUCAGCAGCGCAACAACAGAAUGGACGUCUAUCAGAUCGAUGAUGGUUUCCAUUCGGAUGGCGGUACCGAGACACCGCCGCCGUCGCCCAGUUCCGGAUCCUCGAUAGCCUCGACCUCGGACCACGGUUCGCUGGAGAGCGUCGACACUGGGGGAACACAACGGCUGGCGGUGUUAUCGUUCGAGCAGGUGCGCAAGCUGCACAGCGUCAUGGACGAGAAGGUGGCCAUACAUGGACGCGGCAAUUUUCCAACACUGGAAGUGACACUGAAGGAUCUGGUGAAUCUGGUGCGUCGCAAACUGGAGGCAGACGUCAAUACCGGCGGCGCUGGUGUCCUAGUUAAGGAUAUACGACUAAACGGCGGCGCAGCUAGUCAUGUGCUGGCCAGCGAGGAUCAGCCGUACAACGAUCUGGACCUGAUCUUUGCCAUCGAGCUGAGCUCACCGCGCGUCUUCGAUCGGGUCAAGACCGCCGUGCUGAACACGCUGCUCGACCUGAUGCCCGAGGGCGUCUGCAAGCGCCGCAUCUACACGGGCAGCCUCAAGGAGGCCUAUGUCGGCAAAAUGGUCAAGGUCAACAAUAAUAACGACGGCGAUCGCUGGUCCCUCAUCUCGCUGGGCAACUCGCCCGGCCACAAGAAUGUCGAGCUCAAAUUCGUCGAUACAAUGCGCCGUCAAUUCGAAUUCUCCGUGGACUCAUUCCAAAUUGUCUUGGACUCGUUGUUGCUGUUUUACGAUUGCGCCGCCUUGCCCAUAUCCGAGAAUUUCUAUCCGACCGUUGUCGGCGAAUCGGUCUACGGCGACUUCCAGGAGGCACUGUAUCAUUUGCAAAAGAAACUGAUCUCAACGCGCCAGCCGGAGGAGAUACGCGGCGGUGGUCUAUUAAAAUAUUGUAAUCUAUUGGUGCGCAACUAUACGGCCGUCGAUUCGCAAUUGAUCAAAACUCUGGAGCGUUACAUGUGCUCGCGUUUCUUUAUCGAUUUUCCCGAUAUAAGCACACAGACCACCAAGCUGGAGGCAUAUUUGCGCAAUCAUUUCUGGGGCAUCGAGGAGGAGCCGCUGCAAUAUGAGUAUCUCAUGUAUUUAUAUAACGUUGUCGAAAUGUCAACCGUCUGUCUGAUGGGACACGAGCGCCGCCAGACGCUGCUGCUCAUCCACACGCUGGCCCAGCAGGUCAAGCAGGCGCAGGAGCAACAGUAUCAUCAGCAGCAGCAGCAGCAGCAGCAACAACAUCAUCAUCACCAGCAGCAGCAGCAGCAGCAGCAGCAACAGCAGCAACAUCAUCACCAGCAGCAGCAGCAACAUCAUCAUCACCAUCAUCAUCAUCAGCAACAUGCCGUAUACCUGCAGCAGCAGCAGCAACAGCAGCAGCAGCAGCAGCAGCAACUGGAGCCGCAGCCGGCGCAGUCGCCGCCUGUCUUGGCGCUGGUCGCGACAACGUCGUCGCAGCAGACGCCGCAGACGCAAACAAUUUACGUGCAACAGGCAGCGCCGGCCAGUGCCACAAUUUGCUGCAGCAACACGACAGCAGCAGCAGCGGCAGCAACAUCGCCCGCGGCAACGGCAGCGAACACAACAGCAACCGUUGCUGUUGAUGGACAGGUGGCACAGCCGCCGCCGCCGCCGCAGACCAUACAGAUACAGGCGGGUCCGCCGGGCUUGAUCUAUGCGAAUGGCGUUUACUAUGCACCUGUGAUACCCAGCACCAUUUGCACCUGCAAUUCCACCUGGCUGAGCACGUGAUUGGAGCAGCAACAGCCACAGCAGCAGCAGCAGCAACAACAGCAGCAGCAGCAGCAGCAGCAACAGCAGCAACAACUAGCACACUUUAACAAUAUAAACAGCAAGAAGAAGAACAUUAGCAGAGCGCAGGAUGAGGAUGUGGCAGCCACGGGCAGCUUGGUGCUGAUGCAGCAGCAGAUCAACAACUUGCCAGUCUACAAACUGAACAAGCAGCAGCAACAACAGCAACAACAGCAACAACAACAACAACAGCAGCAGCAGCAACAGUUGCUGUUGGGCAGCUACAGCGGCCAAUUUGCAUAUUUCUAUCCGCACGACGGUUCGCCGCCAAGUUUGCUGCUGCUCGGCGAGGAUUCAUAUUUAAAUGUGACAAUGGCCCAACAACAACAACAACAACAACAACAACAAUUUAUCUAAAAAUCUAAAAAACUUACAAAAAAAACUACAACAAAGCAGAAUGCCCGGGCUAACUGCAAGACGGGCCUUUAGAUGUACAAACGUGUCAUAUAUAUAUAUAUCGAUAUAUAUAUACACACAUAUAUCUACAUAUAUAUAUAUAUAUAUAUAUAUCCUGUUGUUCCUUUUUCUAUACAUUUUUGUACGCACGCUAAAGACUCGACGAAAACUCUCCGUCUCUCUCUCUCUCUCACCUGAAAAGAAAAGAAACCACACAAUUGUUGCUGCAAAAUGUUGAGCAUGAUGUUAAUGAUGUAGCUAAGCACACACACCACAACACACACCACAACACACACCAUACACACACACACACCAUACACACACUAAGCCAAGUUUCAACUAAUUUGACUGAAGAGCCGCUGUUUGGGGCGGGCGCCGGGAGCUAAAGGAGCUAAAGGAGCUAAAGGAGCUAAAGGAGCAAAAGGAGCUAAAGGAGCAAAAGUCGCGAUGGCCAACAAGGAAUGAAAGUGAAGUCAAGAAAGAAAGAUCCAACAGCAAAUUCACUUUGCCUACAAACCAGGACAAAUCUACACACACACCAACACACACACACACACUCCCACACACAUUAUAUGACAAGCAACAAAUAAUAGCCAGAUUUUUUUUUUUUUUUUAAUUUUUUCUUUGUGCGUCGCUUAAAAAAAAUUUUCUUGUAUCGCUAAAAAAAACCAACCAACUCAAAAGAACUCUACUUGUAUACGAAAACACACACACACACACACUCCCACACACACACACACACUCCCACACACACACGUAAUUCUUAUCGAUUUUGCUAUUAACUUCCAUUUUUUGAUAGCCCCCUUUUGCACCAAAAAAAAAAAACAAAAAAUAACGAAAAAGUAAAAGAGAAAAGAUAAAGAACCCUUUAAACACAACCCCCCCCCCCCCCCUUUUACCCCCCUUCACCCAAAACUUCCUGCUCGCACACGUUUAAGAUUUGAUUUUGUAAUAAAAAAAAUAGUUAAAAUUGCGGCGCAACACACUAAAAAAACUCAUUUUGUUCUUAUUGUUAAACACACUUAUUUUUUACAGCUCAGUUGUAAGUUUGGCUUGCAGUUAACCACGAAUCAUCCAGCUACACCCCCCCCCCCUCAUAAUUAUUUUAUAAUAUAUUUUUGAAUUUGUUCGUUUAUGCAAUAAGCGCAGCCGCCUUCGUGCCGCCGCAUAGAAAUUCCAAGCAAAAUAUCUACGUAUAUAUAUACUUAUAUCUAACUAUAUACAUAUAAUAAAUACAAUAUAACUACAUACAAAUAUAUAUAUUUUUUAAAAAAAAUACUUAUCACAAAAAAUACUACAAAAAAAAAAAUCAAUCAAAUUACAAGGCAGAUAUGAUGACAUGUAAAUAAAAAAAAAAUAUAUCUAUAUAUACUAAAUAUUAGUCAAAUUUUAGCCGUCAGAAAGUUGACAUAAUAUGCAAAGUAAAACAUUGUAUUUAUAUAUUGUAUAUGAUUUAACAUUAAUGGUAACUCUUAGCUGUAACUCUUAAAACUUAACUCGUUAACUCUUAACUGUAAACUGUUCGACUCUUAAGUACUGUACAAUCUUUUUUUUCUUGGUAAUAGCAGUGCAGUUAUUGACGAAAAAUAACAAAAAAACAGACCGAAACUAAAUGUAUCUCAGCGUAAGACGUUGCUCAAUGGGUUAAGAAAUACUGAAAACACACACAAUAUGAUAGACAUUUACAAGCAGCUUGCAAAAGUUAACAUGAAGCAUGUCAGACGGAAAAACGCAAAUCAAAAUCUCUAAAAAAAAAAAACGAAAAACAAACAAUUUUUUUACUUAACAAUUUUAUAAAGGCAGCAAACAGAA